AUGUGCCUGAGCUCCUCUGAGGGCUCGGAGGAGGUGCAGUCUCGCUCUAAGCUCCUGUGUCUCCUGGACGCUGUGACGGACGCUCUGGUCUGGGCCAUCGGGAAAACUGGCCUCAGCUUCAGGGAGCAGUACACACGCCUGGCCCACCUCCUCAUGCUGCUGUCACACAUCCGCCACGCCAGUAACAAAGGCAUGGACCACCUCCACUGUAUGAAGAUGAAGAACAUGGUGCCUCUGUACGACCUCCUGCUGGAGAUGCUGGACGCACACAUCAUGCACAACUCCCGCCUGCCCCGCCCCGCCCCCCGCCCGGAGACCCAGGGGCGACCGGCCAGCCCCCCGCCCGCCUCCGCCGCCCCGCCCAGCGCCUCAUGGACUCCCAGCGAGGAGGCCAUGCACCCCGCAGCAGAGACGAUCAAAGCGCCUCAGUGA